AUGAUAAGCUCUCUGCUAAUCAUUCACGGGCUCACAGGUGGCAUGGUGGCAUACAGAGAUUUCGUUCCCGAAGCCUCCAAGAAGGUCCAAGGCAUCUUUACUAAUCAUAUCUUGAUAAACCCUGACGCUGAGCACUCCCCGCUUUUCUCAGUAGAGGACCUUAAUAUCUGUUUUAUCAAGCAUACAGACUGUUAUUUGGUGGCUGCAAGUAGUACCAAUGCAGAUAUCAAUUCUGCUACCGCGUUCUCCAUACUACAUUCGCUGGUCACCGUCCUAGACACCUUUCUUGACGGAUUCACGAGCGCUCGCAAACUAGAAUUGAACAUAGUGGUCGUUCUGCGUGUCCUUGCAGAGUGUUCGAGCAACGGACAGAUCUUUAACUUUGACCUCUCGUUCCUGCAGAACUUAGCACGGCCAACACAGGUUUACGAUACCUCUCGCAGCACAGGGAGUGUCGUUGUCCGAAAAACGACCUUCCACCCUUCUCCAGUUUGGUCCCGUGAAAGACCUGCUCCGCUGACGUCAUAUGACGAGAACGAAAUUGAGUUUACUAUUUCUGAGCGAGCGGAUGUGGUGGUCGAUCUGACAGGUAAUAAGGUAGAAUCCUGCGUCGUCUUGGGGGCUGUUAAUGCCACUGUGCACCUUGUCAACUCUCCAGAGAUCACGGUCACCCUUUCGGAUAACGUUAACAUCAGCCAAGUACCCUCAAGUAAGCAAGCCAAGGGCGUUGCUGCCCAAUCCCAGGCUUCAAUUGAGCUAUGUGAUGUGCAGCUGCAUAGAAGCGUUGACAUAGCUAAGUUUCACAUAGCUAAGAAGCUAGUAUUCGUCCCCGUUGAAGAGGAGUUUAGGCUCUUCUCGUACAGGCUCAAUAAGGUCGAUUCAGCGCCCAUCCUCUGCAUUGUCACCAACAGAUCCAAUCCCCAAAAGCCGCUGGAGCGCGAAUACCAUUUGAAGUUAGAAACGCUUUAUCCCAGUAGGAUCAUUUCAAAGCAGAUUGUCAUUUCUGUGCCUGUCAUGAUGAACAUAGACUCGCCCAAAUUGCAGACACGUCGCGGGAUCAUGAAGUAUUGCCCUCAUGAGCAAGUUGUCAAGUGGAUCCUUGAGUCUCUUCCUGGGAAGCAGAUAUUUAAGGCGUUAUUAAACUUUGGUGUACCUAGCAGACAUAAGGAUCAGCUGGGUUGUGAUGCUACGUCGCUGCGGCCUAUUGUGAUAGAAUACACUAUACCCUACCACCACAUUAGCGGUCUGAAUAUAGACAAGUGCGUGGUUGACGCGGAUUAUAGUCCUGAAGUCACUGUUACCAAGUCACUGACUGGAAUGGUUGUCAUAAAACACACCAUCGUGUAG